UUUAGUUCGUUUUAUGCCGCGAGCGAGAACUUACGUCUGUUCGUUUCGUCCUUGUGAAGUGCAUUCACUUUUCGUGUGUAUAUUUGUAAAUUAAACUGACCUUUGUGCUCCAAGUUUUACUGUCGAAUUGACAUAAAAAUUAUGUUUAGUGUGUCCGAAGUUCCCAUCGUAAUAUUAUUAGGUCUAUGAACAAUUUUUGCCAAGCAAAAUGUGAUGAAUGGAUGAUUGUGUAGCUAAACUAGUAUUCAGAUAUCGAUAAAAAGCUCAACAUGUUGCUGUGGUUGGUGGUCGCGUGCGCGGCCACUGCGCACGCGCUGCGCGUCGGCGUCGGCAUCGCUGACGUCACCGGCCCGCCAGCUGAGAUCGCCUUUAUGGGAUACGCUCAACUGGAGCAGACAGGCCAUGGUAUUCACUUGCGUCAGUUCUCCAGGGCGUUUGUGCUGGAAGAUGGCGAAGGUGACGAGAGACAGAGGCUGGUCUUCGUCUCUGUUGACGCUGCAAUGAUGGGACAUGGAGUGAGGAAAGAGGUCAUAAAACGUCUGCAAAAACGCUACGGGGACCUGUAUGGCGAACACAACGUGAUCAUUAGCGGUACCCACACGCACUCCACGCCGGGAGGCUUCCUCAUGGACUUCCUCUUCGACCUGCCGAUCCUCGGCUUCGUUAGGGAGACCUAUGCUGCAUAUAUUGUGGGGAUUUAUAAGAGUAUAGUACUAGCCCACAAUAAGCUGACACCAGCGCGGGUGUUGUACGGAGAGGCAGAACUUUUGGACGCAAACAUCAACCGAUCACCCACAUCGUACUUGAGGAAUCCCCCCGAAGAAAGAGCCAGGUACAAAUACGACACGGACAAAACACUAUCGCAGAUACGUUUCGUGUCUCCCGAUAACAAGAUCCUCGGCGUGAUCAACUGGUUCGCGGUACAUCCGACCAGCAUGAACAACACUAAUCGUCUGAUUUCGUCUGACAAUGUCGGCUAUGCUUCUGUUCUGAUGGAGAAGGCGCUUAACGGGAAUACUACGUUGCCGGGGAAGGGCAACAUAGUCUGCGCCUUCGCGUCCACGAACCUAGGCGACGUGUCCCCCAACACUCGCGGGCCGCGCUGCGAGUUCUCCGGCGCUGUGUGUGACCAGGAGAAGUUGCUUUGCAAGCUGCCCAAAGAGAGGUGCUUCGCCUCAGGACCUGGGAGAGACAUGUUCGAUAGUACCAGGAUUAUUGCGACGAAGUUGUUCCAGACUGCUAUGAAUGUUCUGAACCAACCCGGUGAGGACCUGACAGGUCCACUUGGUAUCAGACACCAGUACGUCAAGAUGCCUGAGGAGGAGGUCUACCCAUUUGAUCCCGUCACUGAGACUUUUAAUACGAGUACCAAAGUCUACGGCUGUCUUCCAGCCAUGGGCUAUAGUUUCGCAGCCGGCACCACAGACGGGCCCGGCGCCUUCGACUUCAAGCAAGGCACCACGACUUCCAACCCGCUGUGGAAUGCCGUCAGAGACUUCAUCGCUGAGCCCACUAAGGAAGACAUCAAGUGUCAAGCUCCUAAACCGAUAUUACUGGCUACGGGACGAGCCAAGUUCCCCUACGAAUGGCAGCCGAAGACGGUCUCUUGUUCAGUAGCCCGCAUCGGAGGUCUAUUUCUUGCAGCAGUACCGGGAGAGUUCACCACCAUGUCCGGCAGGAGACUCAGGAAUGUCAUCGCGAAGACUGCUCCCGAAGCCAAGAAAGUCGUCAUCGCUGGACUGUCGAAUAUUUAUUCUGAUUAUAUUGCGACGCCUGAGGAGUAUCAGGCACAAAGGUACGAGGCUGCAUCCACAAUCUUUGGACCACACACUUUGGACAUCUAUUUGAACAAAUAUGUGGAACUAACAAACGCUCUGAUCUCAGAGAAAUCCCUUCCCCUAGGUCCUGAGCCACCCGACCUGAGCAGUCAGCUGAUCUCCCUGGUGCCGCCGGUGCUGUGGGACUCGGCGCCGUGGGGACAUGAGUUCGGAGACUGUCUCAAGCAACCCUUCAAGCAGUACAGCUAUGGAGAUGUUGUUAUGGCUCAGUUUGUAUCAGGCCACCCCCGCAACAGCAUCCGUCACGGUCGCUGGUACGCCACGGUGGAACGUCUGGAGUCGGAGGAAGAUGACGCCUGGACAACUGUCUUCACUGACGCUGAUUGGGAGACUAAAUUCACCUGGAUACGUGACUCCAAAGUCAUGGGUACCAGUCGCGCGGAGAUCGAGUGGGAGAUCCCAGUGGGGACGCCUAAGGGAGUCUACAGGAUCCAUCAUUUUGGGAACUAUAAAUAUGUGUUGGGUGGCAUUUAUCCUUACCAUGGAUUCACUGACAGUUUUGAAGUAUCUUAGAUAGUCCUAGAAAGGACCAUAUUUACGCUAUGAUUUUGGGAUAUUAGAAGGAGAUUAUUGGACUGUGGACUUUGUCUUCGAGUGAUCUCUAACUUAGGGACCAACACAUAUAUAUGAGUCCUUAGCAAAGUUUAAUUGUUGUGCAAGUAGUUUGUUAAUGAAGGGACCAAUGAAGACAAUUCUGUAACGUGAUGAAGUGACAAGAUAGUGCAGUGAUUUUACGUAACUUUACGUACUAUAAGUGUGGACAAAGAGAGAGAGAAAGAGAAAGAGAUGGAUUUUCGCCGCAUUAUGCCUUUAAUUUUUAUAAAUAUCUUCUAUAAGAUAUUGCCAAUUCUUAAGUAUAAUGUUGUAUGUAAUAUUCAUGUUUACAUGUAUAUAGCUUAGUAUUGUUAUAAUAUGAAGCCAGUACUAAAUUAAUGAUUAUUUUCAUAGUUUAUACAUAAUAUACGGGCCUUGAAACAAUGUACUGAUUUGAAUAUCACACUCUGAUCAUAUUUGCAUAGUGCACAUACAAGGCAAGUUGUAUUAUCAAACGAACGUAAAACAAAAUAUGCAAUUCUUCUGUGCCUUUUAGUAGUAGGUAGGCUUAAGAAUUCAAUGUUCUAAUAUUUUAAGAAAAGACAAUAUUUUUAUUUUUAAAAUGUUGAAACACAAUCUAUGUUGCGCUCGUAAACUACGGACUGGUUUCACUUUUAUAAAAUAAUUCAGAAAUUUACUGAUUUUGAGGGUAGCUUCACACGCUUAAAUUGAGAUUAGCAGAUCAAGAUAGGCUUAUCGGUGUAAUCGACCCUUAUUUAUGUUCCGUAGAUAUUUAAAAGAACUUUAUAUUGUCGUAUUAAAUAAAUGCUACUAAAUAUUGUAAACCAAAGUUCUCUAUUCGAGGUUUAUUUUUUAAAUUAUAGCUUCAAUAGUCUAGUCGCUAAAUCUAUUCUGCUUCUUCUUCCGAGCCUUUUCCCAACAACGUUGGGGACUUGGGGUCGGCUUCCCGUUGGAUGUAGGUGAGUACUAGUGCUUUACAAGGAGCGACUGCUUAUCUGACCUCCUCAACCCAGUUACCCGGGCAACCCAAUACCCCUUGGUAAGACUGGUUGUCAUGUCAGACUUACUGGCUUCUGACAGUUUAACGUGCCAUCCGAAACACAGUCAUUGGUGUCCAAGAUAUACUUAGAAAGUACAUACAAACUUAGGAAAGUUGUAUUGGUACUUGCCUGACCUGGAAUCGAAUCAUCGCCCUUAUACUAGAGAGGCUGGUUCUUUACCCACUAGAACACCACGAUUUUUUUUCUCUAUUAUUUUUGUUCUAUUAAAUCUAUUGUUGAUAGCUUUAUGGCUUAAUC